AUGCAUUCUGACAACAAUCUACCAACUGUUGAAUUUAUCGAUCCGAUAAUUUCCGCCGAGAUACUAGACAGAAUUGAAGAUCCUGAAUUGUAUUCACUUUUGAAUGAGUUUAUGAUUCAUGGUCCAUGUGGAGGUGAAAAUAUGAAUUGUCCAUGCAUGGUGGAUAAAAAGUGCUCUAAAAACUUUCCAAAACAAUUAUGUAAUCAUUCGUCUUUUGAUCAAAAUGGUUUUCCAUUAUAUAUGCGAAGAAACAAUAGUCAUUUUGUAGAAAUAUUGGGUGUCAAGUUGGAUAACAGAAAUGUUGUUCCAUACAACAAAUAUCUAUUGAAAAGAUAUCAGGCACAUAUUAAUGUUGAAUGGUGUAAUCAGGGAUCUUCAAUAAAGUAUUUGCUUAAAUACACAAAUAAGGGUCCUGAUAGAGCGACAGUUGCUGUUGUACCAGCCAACAAUGAAUGUGAAAAUAACGAUGUUGUCGAUGAAAUAGCUGAAUAUUACGAUUGUAGAUAUUUAUCAGCAUGUGAAGCAUCAUGUCGAAUUUUUAAAUAUGAUGUUCAGUGCAGAUAUCCUUCUGUGGUCAGACUACCUUUUCAUCUUCCAAAUCAACAACAGAUUGUAUAUGGUAAAGACGAUGAUAUUGACAAUGUUCUGGACAAACCUUCUGUUGUUGCUUCAAAGUUCACAUCUUGGAUGGAAUGUAAUGUAAUCGAUAGUGAAGCACGAAUACUUACAUAUGUUGAAUUUCCUAUAAAGUUUGUUUGGAUAUUAAAUGGUCGGUUUUGGAAGCGAAGGAAAGUAGGAAAAGCCAUUGGUAGAAUUCAUUCGGUUUCACCUAAUCUAGGGGAAGCAUAUUUCUUAAGGAUUCUUUUAAAUAAAGUAAAAGGUCCGACGUCAUUUGAUGAUAUUCGCACGGUAAAUGGUGAAACACAUUCUUCUUUUAGAGAUGUUUGUUAUGCACUCGGGCUAUUAUAUGAUGACAAGGAAUACGUUGAUGCAAUUAAAGAAGCAAAAUUAUCACUCGGUGUAGAUGAACUUAAGAACUUAACUUUGUUCGAAAUAGAACAAAUUUUACUUCGAAACAACUCCACUCUCAAAAACUUCACAAAGAUGCCAUACCCAAAUGUUGAAUCUGUUUCUUCUUCAAACAAUCAACUUAUCACCAAGGAGCUAGAUUACGACAUUCCCGUUAUAAAGAUUAACUUUGAUCGUAUGUUUCUUGCAUUAACAAAUGAGCAACGUAACAUUUUCCUUAAAAUCAUGAGUGUUGUUAAAGAAAAUAAAGGAGAUGUCUUCUUCAUUUAUGGUUAUGGUGGAACGGAUAAAACUUUUUUAUGGAAGACAAUAUCUGCAGCAAUUAGAUCUGAUGGUAAUAUUGUUUUAAAUGUUGCUUCAAGCGGUAUUGCUUCCUUAUUAUUGCCCGGUGGUAAAACAGCACACUCUCGAUUUAUACUUCCAUUUGAACUUUCAUAG